UGCAAGAUCCCAUUUGAAUCAUGAAUUCGAGUUUGACUGCCUUGUGGCUUCCCAAUGCAUCCUGGCCUUCAUCCUUGGAAACUGUCUCUGAUGUAAACAGGUUCCAAGUUUUAAGUUCCAGCCUUAAGUUCGUCUUCUACAUGUUUAUUUUUCUCCUUGGUUCCCUUGGCAAUGGAAUUGUGAUCUGGAUCACCUGCCGCCAAGUCUCACGGACUAUCAGCUGCGUCUGGUUCUUCAACCUAGCUCUGGCUGACUUUCUCUUCUCCAUGAGUCGCAUCGCACCUCUUGUUGCGGUGAAGAAAGGUUGGAUCUUUGGGAGUUUCGCCUGCAAAGCCAACGGCUUGAUCAAGUACCUCAACAUGUUCUGCAGCGAAUUCCUCUUAGCCGCAAUCAGCAUGGACCGGGCUGCUUGUAUCGCCUACCCGUUAUGGGCCAGAAGACACCGGAACAUCCGCUUGGUAUGGCUUGCAGCCGUUGUAGCUUGGAUCAUGGCCAUCAUCAUAAGCAUCCCUUUCUACCUUUACCGUAAGGUGGACACAAAGAACAACAGGACCGAAUGCAGGGUGAUGCUAAAGGGAGAAGAACCAGAAGUACAAGUGACAAUCUACAUGUUGAGGCUGAUAUGUGGGUUCUUGAUCCCCUUCACCAUCAUCGUGGUCUGCUACGGAAUCAUCAUCAUGGUGCUGAGGAGACGUCAGACCUCACUCCACUCAAAGAAGUCCUUCAAGGUCAUAUUGGCCCUGGUGGUGACCUUUUCUCUCUGUUGGUUGCCUUAUCACAUCACCCAGCUCCUUACAUUGCCAGAAGUGAAGGGCCCAACCUUCUUGUUUAUUAAACUUGCUGCGGCCUUCCUGGCCUACCUCAACAGUUGCGCAAAUCCAUUCCUUUACUUCUUCAUGGGUGUGGACCUCCACACAAAGUUGACCCUCUAUAGUAUCAUCAUGGCACUCAGGAGAACCUUGCUGGAUGAGAGCAGCUCCUAAGUAGAAAAUCCACUGGUAGCCAUAAAAGGGGUCGUUUUCUAUGAACGAGCGGGCAAUCUCCUCAGAAAUCUCUCAGUUGUCCUGUGGGAGCUCGAGCCCUCAAACCUGAAGUAGCCCAGGAGCCAUGAAAUUUGAAUUUGGGUGCUUCCGUUGUUGUUUCUGUCCCAGCCCCAAACCAUAAUUUGGGACAUCUUGAAGUUUUAAAUGUUUGUAGGUGGAAAAGACUGACAGAAAACGGACUUUCUCCCUCAGAAUGAGCUGUGAAAUUGCUUUAAUUGUUUUGCAUUAGUUACACAGGGUGUAGGAACUCUGUGCGUCUAUGUUAAUCAUAUCUGAAAGUUGAUUUCUUUCAGGCUCUUAUUCAUCAGGAACAGUGGUGGGAUUCAAAUUUUUUUUUACUACGGU